AUGACAAAUUUCACUUUUUUCAAAUGCGUUAUACUGACAUUUGGAUUAAUAAAAAAAGAAUAUUAUAUAUAAAAAAAUUCCUUCACUUUCAGGUUCGGUAAAAAUGGUUUCCAAGUGGACUUUACAAGUUCUUGGUAUCAUUCUCUUUGCUUUUGUAGGAAUGAUGAAUUAUUAUAAAGAAUAUAGAGGUGAUGAAAUAGUUGCAGUUACUAAUCACAGUGAUAUGAAUGUUAUCCCUACUUUUACUUCUGAUCGGAUCCAAGACAUAAAAGAACGUCAAAAAAUGGUGGAAAACAUAAAUAAAACAGUGGACCAGUUAAUCAACAAAAUUCUUAAUGAUGAAAACAAUUUUACUCAUUCUGUUAUUGAAAUUGUAUACUUGGUAAAAGAUUCUUUCAAUCAGAAUUUUUCAAAUGUACUGCAAGCAAUUUUCGACGAAGCGAACUUUACCUAUGGGAAAGCAAACAUUAAUCAGAAAGUUUGUAUUAAUUCUACAAAAGACGAUUUGAAAGCGAAAUUUUUAAACUUGAUUUUCGAUCUCGAUACUUGUUUACAAGAAACAAAAGAAAUUGGAGAUAAAAUUCGUGUAAAAUUACAACUUGCUCAUCAGAAAACUUUAAAGGUACAAGAGGAUUUGAAGGAAAUUAAUACCAGUUGUUCUAGUAAAAUUGCAAAAUUAGAUGAAUGCAUUUCUCAAAAAAUAAAUUAUGCACAAAAAGAUUUGAAUAAUUUACUGGAGGCAGUACAAAUGGAUAGUAUUGCAGGCGAAAUCAUAAAAUCGAAAAUUUCAAGUGAAUCAUUAAAAUGCAGUACAAAAAUAUCGAGUGAAAUGUUCCAAAUUGCCAACGAAUUUCAGGGAUUUUUCAAAAACUGUAUUGCGUAAAUGAUUUAUUUUCUAUAAAAGAAAUCAGAGAUUUGUCCGGAAAAAUUAAUUUUAAAUU